GCAGGGGGCACCGAGGGGGGGGGGGGGUCCCGAGGGACCGGGGGGGUUCCCCGAGGAACCGGAGGGGGUCCCCGAGGAACCGGGGGGUGUCCCCCAGGAACCGGAGGGGGGUCCCCGAGGAACCGGAGGGGGUCCCCGAGGGACCGGGGGUGUGUCCCCGAGGAACCGGGGGGGGUCCCCCAGGAACCGGGGGGGGUCCCCUAGGAACCGGGGAGGUCCCCAAGGAGCCGGAGGGGGUCCCCGAGGGACCGGGGGUGUGUCCCCGAGGAACCGGGGGGGGUCCCCGAGGAGCCGGAGGGGGUCCCCGAGGGACCGGGAGGUGUCCCCCAGGAACCGGGGGGGGUCCCCCAGGGACCGGGGGGGGGCCCCCCAGGAACCGGGUGGGUCCCGCCGGGCGCCCCGGGAUGAAGCGAGCCGGGCCGCUGCGGCGGGUGUCGGAGUGGAGCCGUGGCGGCGGCGGGCUGCAGGAGCUGCUGAGCCCGGGCGGCGAGCCCAGCCGCGUCCUGCCCAGCCCCGACGGCGGGCACCUGGUGGUGCAGCGGGGCGGCCGGCUGCUGGCCUUCCAGCGCCGCGGCAGCCUCGGCGCCGAGCUGCGGAGGAGCUGGCAGCCGCCGGCGAGCCGGGAGGCUCUGGUGGGGCUGCUGUUCCCGCAGAGCCCGCGGGUGCCGGGCGGCUGGGCGCUGGCCGUCGUGUGGGAGCGCGGCCGCGCCGAGCUGUGGCGCUUCGCGGCGGGCUGGCAGCCGCUGCAGGCCGUGGAGCUCUGCCAGGGCGCCCGGGCGCGUGUGGCGUCCGUGUGCUGCCAGGGGGAGCGGCUGGUGUGGUGCGAGGAGAGGCCCCCCUCGGACGGCCACUCGGACGCCAGCAAGGGCGCCUUCAGGUUCUGCGUCUGCGCCCGGGCGCUGGAGGUGGAGGAGCAGGGCGUGAGGCUGGGCCCCGUGAGGAUCGUCCUGCACAACAGCCCCGAGUACCGCGUCCUGGCGGCCCCGCGGCACGUCUUCAUGCUGCCCGCCUCCGCCGGCUCCGCCGCCGCCACCUCGAAGUUCCUCCUCAUCUGGCACCCCGAGGAGGCGAAGCUCACCGUCGCGGCCCCCUCGGCGGGCUUUGCGCGCAGCAAGGUGCUGCAGUCCAGCAGCGAGUCGGACUUCAGGAAGCUGCUGCUCGGCUCUGUGGGCCUCCUCUCAGCUAUGGCACCCCUGGACGUUCACAGCUGCGCCGUGUCCGACCACGGGGCUCUGCUGCUGGUGAGCACCGAGGGUGCUGUGAGCGUGGUAGAGACAGAUGGGACACAGAGACACGUCUUUGAUCUAGAAGGAGGCCCCCUGGCCCAGGAAAAUACUGUUCAAAUGAAAACCUUUGGCAGCACCCUGGCUUGCGUGCUGGCCGGGGUCCUGUACCUCGUCGACCAGAACAGUGGGAGGCUCAUAGAAAAGAAAAUCCUGAGCAUGAAAGAGGUGCAUUUCCUGGAGUCCCCAGGAGAGGAGGACAGCAUCCAGCUCCUCACUCAAACGGGCAUCUACAGCCUUAGCUUCUCCAGCCCUGAGGACAGCGGCAGGGCCGAGCCGUGCCUGGUGGAAAUGGUGUUUGAGGAGGCCUGCCGGUACUACCAGAGGAGGAGCCUCAGCAGCUCCAAGCUGACGGUGGAGAAGUUGAAGAAGGGCGGUGCGUUCCAGGCUCCCGUGGCUCUCGCUGCCGUCCUGCAGCACAGCCUCCACCAGAAGCAGAAACCAGCCCGAGGCCUCCAGGACACUUACGCCAAGCUGCUGAGCACAAUGAGCCUCGAGCUGCAGAGCUACCUGAGCCUGGAGCUCCUCAAGACCUGCGUGGUGGGUGCCCCAGAGAGCGAGGUGGAAAGUUACUGUGAGGAACUGGUGGAACAGGAGGUCAGCCGCGUGCUGCACUCUGACAUAGACAAGGACAACUUGGCCUACCUGAACUCAGUCUUUGCCUCCUUCCCCAAGGCUGCCUGGAAGGCCACGAGGAGCUGCCUGCAGCUGCAGCAGAACGGGGACGGCCUUUUGGUGGCCAGGGCCACCCCAGAGGUGUGGAAGAAGGUCCUGGGAGGACCGCAGCAGCAGGAGGAGGCGGGUCAGAACGGCGUGGUCCCGCUCUUUGAGCUCAUCUGCGCCUCCUUCCUGAGGUUCAAACCCAAGUGGCUGCCCAGUUUCGUGGAGCUGACCCAGCAGUACGUUAGCCUCUCUUGGGCGUACAGCAGCAAGGAGGGCCCGGAGGGCCGGGUGCCACUGUACAAGAGAGCUCUGGGAGUGCUGGCCAGGAAAAGCAAGCGCAGCGAGGUGGACGACGAGAUGGAGCUCGAACUGCUGCUCUGCAGCAAGAGGCCGAAGGCCGUGCUGCAGGCUCUGCACCUUCUCGUCCGCCUGAAGCGGUGGCAGCGGGUGGUGGAGGUGGCGGAGAAGUUCUCCAAGCUCAGUCCCUUGCUUAACAAGGAGAUAUUUACCACGCUGCUGGCAGAGUUCGCCCAGCACCGCGAGCUGGACCCUUACGUGGACACGCUGUGGCCGCUGUGCCCUGCUGAGCUCACUGCCUCGGACAUCCUCACCGUGGUCCUGCAGCACCUCCCUCGCACCCAGGAGGACCCGGUGCCUUUCUCGAGCGAGGGGAACCAGCUGACUGUGGGCUUGCUCAAGCCGCUGCUGCAAAGGGUUGUGCAGCGUCCCUGCGUGCAGGACGAGAUGUACUCGGAUGCCUUGCAGAGCCCCACAUUCCCCCCUCCCACCCCACCCCGAGAGCACAAACCCCCAAAAGCAGCGGUCGGCAAUGCUCCUCAGCCACCCGUGGCAAGGACUUCCUCUCCCUCGGCGCUGGUACAGGGUGACACCGUGUGAGGGGGGGGGAAGCACGACGGGGUCUCAACCCCUGGGUGCGCAAGAAAGGGAAAGCCACAUCCUCCCCUGGAAAUCCUGCCCUGCCUGGCAGUGGGGAAGCCUGCUCCUGUUUGAAGCCUCCCUGCAGCAGCAUCUCAAAGAUU